GUAAAAAGCAACUGCAAAUGCAUUACGUUAUAUCGUUGAUGAACUUCCAACAUCCCCAUACUAGAUAAUGAACUUGUUCUUUGCUAAUGGCGGCUGCUUCAAAACCCGGAAAUGAUCCGAUGCUGAUCAACAAUGCUGAUUUCUGCGUUAAACACAACGCUCAGCUGAUAGCUGCCGUUAUUGAGCAGCUAUUUGAAGAGCUAAAAUAUUCCUUCAAAGAAACAGGAAAAGUCUCUGAUGAUAUUUUGGCAGCCUUAAACAAUGUGUUUGAUGCCACAUUGGUGCCUGCCCUUGAUUUGGUGGACAACUGCAGUGUCACCGUGUUGACCUGUCCAGCAGGCAGACAUGUGUAUCAGGUGAUUGGCAGCUCAGGAACGCCAUACACCUGCCUUGUCAGCUGUCAGUAUUGCUCUUGUCCAGCAUACAGAUUCUCUGUCUUGAAAAAGGAGGACCAUGUUAUGUGCAAGCAUGUGUUGGCAGUGAAACUAUCCAAUGCGAUGGGUGUUACAAAGGAGCUUCAAGUGACAGACGCAGAGAUUGGCCGCAUGAUCUCACAGAUGGAAUAGAGGGACCAAAGCUAGAUUUUUAACGGUUAGCAGAAUGACGGUGUACUUUAUGUACUUAAAUUGCACGUAUCAGUGUAGACCACAUGUGCUUGAAGCAAAGCAAGUUCAAGUUUUAUAGUUGAAAUUAUUGAACAAUUGAAAAUCCAAGUUGUAAAUACCAUCAAACUUAAAGUGUGAUAUUCGAGUCUUUGGGUAGACGUGUGAGCCAUUAGAGAUUUGUGUUUUGUAGACACAUGUAACUGCCUUAAAGUUAAAAAUUUAAACCCAAAUACAAACACUGCAAAUGCAUAUGUUUACUAAAUAUUAGAUUAUUAAGUGGAAUCUCAAAAUUUUAAGUACCAUUGUUUUGUGAAUCGGGUUUGUGCAUGGACUUCCAUUAAAGGGGCUUUUUCACAGAUGUUGGCAUGUAUUGCAAUUUUUCAUUAAAUGUUUUAUAUUGAUAAAUGAAAACAUUGGACCUAAAAAGCUCCAGUAAAAAAACAACAAGAAUAACAUUCAAGAAAUAAAAAAGGUACCUUUAGCUGGGCUCGAACCACUGACCCAUGGAGUAAAAGUCUAUCGUUUAGAUCACUCGGCCAUCCGUGCUCAUACAAUGAGUGAUUUUUUUUAUACGUUAUAUAAGCAAUCCUCGUAGAAUCACAAAAUAUAACGACAACAACAGAACUAUCCAAAUUAUUCAAUCGUUUCGCGUUGCAACGUUUUAUAAUUUUCAGGUUUUUAAAUCGUUAAAAGAUGCAUAUACUGGAUAUUUUAGAGCAUGGUAAAUGUUCAGUAUUACUGUUUUCUAUACAAAUAACUACAACGAACAUUUGCAAACUGAAACAUUUUUUAUGCCCCCCUUCGAAGAAGAGGGGGUAUAUUGCUUUGCUCAUGUCGGUCGGUCGGUCAGUAUGUCGGUCCGUCCACCAGGUGGUUUCCGGAUGAUAACUCAAGAACGCAUACGCCUAGGAUCAUGAAACUUCAUAGGUAGAUUGAUCAUGACUCGCAGAUGACCCCUAUUGAUUUUGAGGUCACUAGGUCAAAGGUCAAGGUCACGGUGACCCGAAAUAGUAAAAUGGUUUCCGGAUGAUAACUCAAGAACGCAUACGCCUUGGAUCAUGAAACUUCAUGGGUAGAUUGAUCAUGACUUGCAGAUGACCCCUAUUGAUUUUGAGGUCACUAGGUCAAAGGUCAAGGUCACGGUGACCCGAAAUAGUAAAAUGGUUUCCGGAUGAUAACUCAAGAAUGCAUACGCCUAGGAUCAUGAAACUUCAUGGGUAGAUUGAUCAUGACUCGCAGAUGACCCCUAAUGAUUUUGAGGUCACUAGGUCAAAGGUCAAGGUCACGGUGACCCGAAAUAGUAAAAUGGUUUCCGGAUGAUAACUCAAGAAUGCAUAUGCCUAGGAUCAUGAAACUUCGUGGGUAGAUUGAUCAUGACUCGCAGAUGACCCCUAUUGAUUUUGAGGUCACUAGGUCAAAGGUCAAGGUCACGGUGACCCGAAAUAGUAAAAUGGUUUCGGGAUGAUAACUCAAUAAUGCAUACGCCUAGGAUCAUGAAACUUCAUGGGUAGAUUGAUCAAGACUCGCAGAUGACCCCUAUUGAUUUUGAGGUAACUAGGUCAAAGGUCAAGGUCACGGUGACCCGAAAUAGUAAAAUGGUUUUCGGAUGAUAACUCGAGAACGCAUAUGCCUAGGAUCAUGAAACUUCAUAGUUCGAUUGAUCAUGACUCGCAGAUGACCCCUAUUGAUUUUGAGGUCACAAGGUCAAAGGUCAAGGUCACGGUGACCCGAAAUAGUAAAAUGAUUUUCGGAUGAUAACUCAAGAACGCUUAUGCCUACGAUCAUGACACUUCAUAGGUAAAUUGAUCGUGACUCGCAGAUGACCCCUAUUGAUUUUCAGGUCACUAGGUCAAAGGUCAAGGUCACAGUGACAAAAAACGUAUUCACACAAUGGCUGCCACUACAACGGACAGCCCAUAUGGGGGGCAUGCAUGUUUUACAAACAGCCCUUGUUUAAAUUUUUUGCCAAUUUACCAAAACGUGAAAAGGCUCCUUUAAUCAAAUUUAUGUAAGUCAUUAUGUAGAAACACGUAUAACGAUGUGCGUUGUAACUUCAUUUUAAAACGUGUUGGCAUUAAUACGAAUUCCAAUACAUAUUAAAUGACGAAAAUAUUAA